CGGAAAAUGGUGGAGGGUCGGCGUCACCGCCAGGAUGUUAUUGACGCGUCAGCCCGUCGCCGCCUGAUGUGCGCUGUCUGGGGAUAAACGGCAGCAAAAAUGAGCGAAAGGACAAAGUACUCAGAAAAUUCUACAGUGUCCCAACAAAAUGACGGUAGGAGGCAGUCUCUGCUUGAAAGACUUCUCGAUGCUGUUAAGCAGUGCCAAAUUCGCUUUGGAGGAAGAAAAGAAAUUGCAUCAGACACUGACAGUCGGGUGAUCUGUCUGUGCGCUCAGUUUGAGACUGUGUUACAGCACGGCUUAAGAAGAAGCAGAGGAUUAGCACUCACAGCAGCUGCUAUCAAACAAGCAGCAGGAUUCGCUAAUAAAACUGAAACAGAGCCUGUGUUUUGGUAUUAUGUUAAAGAACACCUGAACAAACAUGAACUACAGCGAUACUACUCUUUAAAGAAUAUCACAACAGAUAUAGGACGGGGUAGAGCCUGGCUCCGGUCUGCACUCAAUGAACAUUCACUUGAGCGAUAUAUGCACAUGCUUCUUGGUGAUGGAAACCUCCUAAGUGUCUUCUAUGAAGACUGGUCUUUUAUGAGAGAGGAAGAGCGUGCAAGCAUGCUUCCUACGAUGGCAGCAGGGUUAAACUCUAUCCUUUUUGCAAUCAACAUUGACAAUGAGGAUCUAAAUGGACCAAACAAGCCUGUAUCUGCGGUUGCGAACCUGUUAAAGGAGUCAACACAAAAUGUCACAUCCCUGUUAAAGGAGUCCACACAGGGGGUCAGCACACUCCUGAAAGAAAUCACAACAGUUUCUGCAGUGCCAAGUUUCAUGCGGCCUGAGCCUGAAUCUGACCGACUGCCAGUUCUGUCUAAAACUGUAAAUCACGAUGGAAAGAAUAAAAGAGAAAAAAAGAAAAAGAAAAUGGUGCCAAAUAUCAUCUCAUUUGAUGGUGACAAUGAGGAGGAGGAACAAGGCUCUACUGAGCAAGUGAAAAGUUCGGAUUUAACAAGCUCUGAGGAAAAUUCAGAAAGAUCUUCAGCUGUUUGUUCAGCCAUCGAUUCUUCCAUGAUAUUAGCUUCUUUUAGUCCAGAUUUGAAUGGAAAACCAGAUUCUGAUGGAAAAGAAUUCAACAGCAGUAUCUUGAAAACUGUGGACGUAUGCCUAAAUGGUGAUUCUAAUCACAAGAAGCUAGACAUGAAAAGUAUUGAUGAUGAUGAUGAUGAUGAAGAUGAUGAUGAAGAUGUGGAUGGAGAACACAUAUAUCAAAAGAUCUCUCAAAGUAAAGAGAUUGAGGAGGACAGGCUUGUUUCAGAACAAUCUCUUGUGCAGAACCUUUCCAUCUCUCAAAUGUCCAGCUGGAAUACCCUUCAAGUUCUGAAUGACAAUGACAGUUCUGACAUUCUUUUUCCAUUCAUUGCAGCUGGUUCCUACUCUCAGUCUGGUGUGAUGCUCAGAAAACACGAAGCAGCCGCAAAUAUUUAUGCCACUUCUGAAAACCUGGUGUACUGUGAUGAACAUGAAAAUGUCCCUCUGGCUGUUGAACUAGCCCAGAAAGGAUCCCAGCAACACUACAGUGCUGAAGCUGCUACUCCGCUUCAGGCUGAUAUUGUUGGUGGUCUUUUGCCAGUUUCUGCUGUCCCAGAAUCAAUGACUGUAGAUGAACUACGUCAAGCCAUCGUAGCCAUGAUGAACAGAAAAGACGAAUUGGAAGAGCAAAACAGAUCACUGCGAAACUUACUUGAUGGUGAGAUGGAACAUUCUGCAGCGCUCAGACAAGAAUUUGACAACCAGAAAAAAAAAUUGGCAGAGCAGGAAGAACGACAUGCUGCUAAGGUUCAGGCAUUGGCAAGGGAAAACGAAGUGUUAAAGGUGCAGUUGAAGAAGUAUGUAGGAGCUGUCCAAAUGUUAAAGCGAGAAGGAGGACAAGUGAAUGAUGUCCUUCCAAACCUGCGGAGUGGUGAUACAGAUAUUAUGAUCCCAGAACCUAAACCUGUGGUUGAUAAUGAUGAGCUGGCCAACACCUAUGAACGGAAAUUAAUAGAGGUGGCAGAGAUGCAUGGUGAACUCAUAGAAUUCAACGAGAGACUACACAGAUCACUGAUGGCCAAGGAAGCCCUUAUCUCACAGAUGAGGCAGGAACUUAUUGACUUACGAGGGCCAGUCCCCGGUGAUUUAAGUCAAACCUCCGAAGACCAAAGUUUGUCAGAUUUUGAAAUGGCUCACUGUGCGCUGAUAAAUGUGUGGAUUCCAACAGUGUUUCUGCGAGGACGAGCUGCUAAUGCUUUUCAUGUUUACCAGGUUUACAUCCGGAUCAAAGAUGAUGAAUGGAACGUCUACAGGAGAUACACUGAAUUCAGAGCACUGCACACCAGGCUACGGGCCAAGUUCCCCUCAGUGAACACCUUUCAUUUCCCACCUAAAAAAGCUAUUGGAAACAAGGAUGCAAAGUUUGUGGAGGAACGUCGUAAACAACUCCAGGAGUACCUGAGGAGCAUAAUGAACAAAAUUAUACAAACGCUCCCAGAGUUUACAUCCAGUCCUAAAAAAGAGACUCUUAUGCGUCUGCUGCCAUUUUGUGUUGAUGUACAGCCAACUGGGGAACCUGCAAGUAAGGCACAGUCAAAGGCCAUCUCUAAGUUUUCUAGAUUGAGCAGGACUCACCACAGGGAGACACGAAACCCAGAGCCUCAGAGUGGUGACUUAUGACCCACGAACUGACUCAAGAUUCCAGCAUACUUCAUAACCACCGUUUAUUUGAAACAUCAGACAACCUUUGAAUACACAGCUGAGUUAAGCAGAGGAAGAUAGAGCUACAUGGUCACUUCUUGGGAAAUGAUUUGGAAAAUGGCAUGUUCUCAUGGGUCCUGCAUUGUUGGUAAUUUGGAAUGCAUAAUUCGCUUUAAAGAAACACCAAUAUGAGAUAAGAUUCCCUUUCACUUGCACAGUUUGAAAUGUUUACAGUCUGUAUUGAUUAUUUAUUGUGAUGGCACAAUUGGAAGAUUUAUUUGUUAAUUUUUAGCCACUAAUUUCUAAUGCCCCAAGCAUCAAAGCCAUGUCAGCUUCUUAGUGCUCACUUGUUGAGCAGAAUAAUGACUGCUUCUUUGUCUGUAGACAGUAUCUGGUGGGAUAAAAAAAAUCCUGCACCAGUUUAUGAAAACACUGUUAUUACAUUUCACACCAAUUAGAUGCCAGAGACUUGAUCAGUGAAUGUCAAACAGAAAAAAUUUCAAGCCAGAUUUAAUUUCUUGACAUUAAGAGGUGCUUGGUGCUAUUUCUCUAUCUCCCACUUUAAAAAAACGAUUGAAGAGAAGUUUUACUUUGGUGAUGACAAGAUGUUCAAUAUAAACUGGAAACCCAUUUACUUCAGAAACCGUUUUUUUAAUGUAAAGUACGCACAAUCUUCAAACUCUGAAAUGCAUUAUAACUACCUGAUUCCUCAUCUCACAGUUUAAUUCUCAAAUUUGGUUCCUUAAGCAGUUUUCACGGUCAUUGUAAAUUUAUAUUGUGAUAGGUUGUGAAAUGACUGCAGUAUGAGAUCAUCAAAUCUUACUAGAGAGCAUCAUUAUAAGUCACACAAGAUCUUCUGUGGGCCUGGUAAAGAGCAGAGCAGUAAAAAUGCUUCUUAUACAUGAAUAAUGAUUAACCCUAACAUAUGGAUAUAAACAAUAGCAUCUUAAUUUUUUUGUAAGAUUUUUUGUAAGAUAAUAUUAACUUUAUAAUUAAAUUUAUAGUAGGGCAGAAAAAGUAAUGUAGAGGUUUCAGAUCAGUAACUGUAAGCUAACACUGGCACCCAGUCCUCGAAUCACAUUUCCAAGUGCAUGAAGGCAUGACUAAGGCACACAGUUGGAUAAACUUUCCUAUCUCCCUAUGUAGAAUCCUCUUUUUUCCAAUCUGAUACCAUUAACAAACAAAAUUGUUUUCCACAAUCAGACACAGCAACCAUAAAAUUAUUUGGAAAGCAAAUAAACCCAUUCAAGAACAGCUUAAAAAAUUAAAUCUGCUAGUAUCAAUUUCUGAAAACAAGAUUGUUGAGGUUAUUUUAGAUCCAACCUCUUGAUACUUUAAGGUUGAUGUUUUUAAUUAAAGUAGAUAAGGUCCAUUGUAAUUCUCCAGCAAAUUCUGGAGCCCAAAGUGAUUUUCCUCAACAUUGUGCUUACGUGAAUUCUACCAAAAUAUACAUCGGUUGUAAUGACUGUUUGUCUUAACGUUUACACUGUAAAUGUGAAUAGCAUGAAUUGCAACGCAAGAAAAUACUUUUCCUCUUGAAUUCCAUAUUAUCUGUUACAUUAAAUGUUUAAUCUUUC